CAGAGACAUGGGGAGCCCAGCGAGAAAGAACGAGGGCGGCAGAGGCGCAGCUCGGGGGGCGCGGAGGUCGUGAAAGGCAGCUGAAUUGUGUUAGGUGUACUCUACCUGGGCCAUGUCCUCUAUAUUGCCCUUCACCCCACCGGUUGUGAAGAGACUCUUAGGGUGGAAGAAAUCUGCUGGUGGCUCAGGCGGUGCUGGUGGAGGUGAGCAGAAUGGGCAGGAAGAAAAGUGGUGCGAAAAAGCAGUGAAAAGUUUGGUCAAGAAGCUCAAGAAGACGGGACAACUGGAUGAGCUUGAAAAAGCAAUCACUACCCAGAACUGCAAUACAAAAUGUGUCACAAUACCAAGCACUUGCUCUGAAAUUUGGGGACUGAGUACACCAAAUACGAUAGAUCAGUGGGAUACCACAGGCCUAUACAGCUUCUCUGAACAAACCAGGUCUCUUGAUGGCCGCCUCCAAGUGUCCCAUCGUAAAGGAUUGCCUCAUGUCAUUUACUGUCGCUUGUGGCGCUGGCCUGACCUUCACAGCCAUCAUGAACUUAAGGCCAUUGAAAACUGUGAAUAUGCUUUUAAUCUUAAAAAGGAUGAAGUGUGUGUAAAUCCUUACCAUUACCAGAGAGUGGAGACUCCAGUUCUGCCUCCUGUUCUGGUACCACGACACACUGAGAUUCUGACUGAACUUCCUCCUCUUGAUGACUACACUCAUUCCAUUCCUGAAAACACUAAUUUUCCAGCAGGAAUUGAACCACAAAGCAAUUACAUACCAGGUAUUUUUGAAAGAAUCUAA